GAGCAACAUGGCUGCAAUUUCCUUUCCCUUACUCCAACUUCCAAACUUUGCACUUAACAAGACUCUGAAGCUGAUGUGCGUGGUACCUCACCUAUAUCUAUCAAUUAUUUCAAAGAAGGCAAAGCGAUGCAUCACAGCGGUCAAUGAGAAGCCGCUAUAUGUGCAUAUAAACAAAGCAUCUUCGAUUUCAUUACGGCUGACAACAAAAUCGUUUCAAAACUUUGAGUUCAUUAUUACACCUGGUCAAUCGGAUUUGGAAAUUCGCAAAUAUAUAACUACUAGGCCACUUUUCAAUUCAUAUCUGUCUACAAAUCAAUGUGUACUGGGAGUUACCGCAAAACAAUGGAUUGAGCUUAUUGCUCAAGUUUUUAUCCAAGAUAAAGGUGUUUUGCUGAAAUUGCAAAAUUCGAAUAAAUUCAACAUCAAAGAAAUUCAGUAUUAUACACGAGAACUGAAUAUUGUAAGACUGAAAAUUGAAUCUUCAGAACUUCAAGACACUCAACUUUCCAAAAUGUUCCCUAAAGUUGAAGAGUUGACAGUUACCAGGGACAAAAUUCCCAGCUCCAUUUUGAGUCGGAACUUCAAAAAGUUGCGAUUUGACGAUAUCAAAGUUUCACUCGACAAUAUUUUAAUAUCCAACUGCUCCAGUUUCCUAAUUUUCCUGCAAACUCUCCCCGACAAAGACUUAAACCGCUUCAUGAAGCUCUGGAUCAAAGAGUCGAAUCCUAACCUCAAAACAUUCGAAGUCUGUUUCCCGGACUAUGAACAAACUGGGCUCGAUGGAACCAUCCUUUUCAAGGGUAUCAGGUGUAUUGAUUCUAUUAAGCAUGGAGAAGUGACCCGGAAGAAGUUCAAGAGGCAUGAUGGGACGACGGCGCUGGUUUCGGUAUUUGCAAGCACUUCGUUUCAUUUUUGUAUGACUGUUGUUGGUUGAUGUUUUUUUUUUCAUUCAAUAAAUUUUCUAAC